GAAUGGUCUGGUACAAAUGCUGGGUUGAAGCUAAACUCUUAAAAAAAAUUCUUCACGACUAUUUUUCUCCCUGUGGUUACGUUUGUGCCCAGUAAGCUGUCAGGACCUUCGCACUCGUAUGACAUGAUUUAAGCCACGCGUCCCGGUCGCCAUGAUGGCCUCGGCGGUCGCCAAUGGAAGCCGCGAUGGACAGGCUCUGGUCCUGAAGGGGGUGGACCCGGAGACCUGCAUGAUUGUCUUCAAAAACCACUGGGCUCAGGUUGUGAAGAUCCUUGAGAAGCACGACCCCUUGCGCAGCAGCUCCGCCCUGUCCUCUUUGAGUGUCAUCAACCUGAGCUCCGGCUCCUCCGGCGGCAGCCACCGCUUCGGCCCGAUCCCCGGCGACGAGGCGAGCGCCGUGCAGAACUACGUGGAGCACAUGCUCUUCCUGCUGAUGGAGGAGGAGAGCGGCCAGGCCGGCGCCAUGGGCCCCAUCCUGGAGUUCGUGCUGAUGGAGAACGUGAUGGAGCGCCUCUUCGUGUGGAGCCUGCGCCGGGAGUUCACGGACGACAUGAAGCUGGAGCAGCUGAAGAUGUACGAGAUGCUGGUGGGCCAGGCGCGCCAGCCCCUGCUGCACCACAAGCCCGUCCUGCGGCCGCUCAUGAUGCUGCUGUCCUCCUGCUCGGGCGCGGCGGCGCCGGCCGUCGAAACGGAACUGGUGCUGCUGCUGAACCAGCUCUGCUGCGUCCUCGCGAAGGACCCCUCGAUUCUGGAGCUGUUCUUCCACACCAGCGAGGAUCAGGGGGCGACGAACUUCCUCAUCUUCUCCCUGCUCAUUCCUUACAUUCACAGGGAGGGGACGGUGGGCCAGCAGGCAAGAGACGCCCUGCUGUUAAUCAUGUCAUUGUCCGCUGAGAAUGAGCGAGUGGCCAAACACAUCGUGGAGAACACCUUCUUCUGCCCAGUGCUGGCCACAGGGCUGAGUGGCCUGUAUUCAUCUCUUCCCACCAAGCUGGACGUUCCCAGUGAAGAGUGGCACUGCCUUCACAGAGAGGACUGGCUGCGGAUGCCGUCGCUCGUCCAGUUUCUGAACUCGCUAGAGUUCUGCAACGCCGUGAUUCAGGUGGCUCAUCCAUCCAUCAAGGACCAGUUGGUGGCUUAUAUCUACAAUGGUUUUCUUGUGCCUGUCCUUGCACCAGCUCUGCACAAGCUCACUUUAGAGGAGGUGAUGACCACCACAGCUUACCUCGACCUGUUCCUGAGAAGCGUGUCUGAGCCGGCCCUGCUGCAGACGUUCCUCUCCUUCAUCCUCCUCCACCAGCACGAGAGCGUCUAUAUUUUAGACACGUUGGUCAGCCGCAUCAACACCCCUUUCCAGCUGGGCACAGUGUCUCUGGCACUUUUCCGCACUCUCAUCAGCUUCUACUGUGAAGAUGUGAUGCUGCAGCUCGUGCUGAAAUACCUGAUCCCCUGCAACCACAUGAUGUUGAGCCAGAGGCGCGUGGUGAGGGAGAGGGACUUCUACUCCUUGUCGUCGGCCAAGAUUCUGGCUCUGACGCCGUCCUGCUGCGCUCCGGAUCACAGCCCCCCGCCCCUCCGACAGCUGGACUCCAUCCUCUUUUCUAAAGGGGGGGUGGAGCCUUCCAGCAACUCCAGCAGCAAAGACGCACAAAAUCACUUCUCGUCGGUGGAUGACGGCUCGGGGAACUCCUGCACCAUCGGCUCCGAGAUCUACCUGGAUGUCAGUUACCUCCAUUACCUCUAUGACGCCCGGCUUAGCAUCAGCAGUUGCAUCCGGGCUUGCCAGGUCUGGUCGGCGCCGUACGACGGUGAGGACCCUCCUCCCGACAAAUACCAACCGGGCGUCCUUGAGGAGGCGGGGCUUGAGAGUCGACAAACCCAAGUGGCUCUGAAGAGAGGCCCGCCCCCGCUGUUGCCUCCAAGUGCUCGGCCCGGCCUCCUGCCGAGUCGAGAGCCGCACUCAGUCACCCAGCUGGAGCUGGAGUGGGACGAUACCUAUGAUGCCUGUCCGGUGCAGACAGCUGAGACUCCGGUGGAGGCAGAACCUCCUCAGCUGCCACCAUCUGAGCCCCCAAAACACAUCCAGGACAUGCGGAAGACUGCUAUCAUGCUGGUGAAAGGUUCAUACAUCGAGGAAAACGAGUUCCAAGACGACGUCAUGGUGUACGAUCUUGUCGCAAAGAAGGACAGCUCGGAGGCCGAGCGCACAAACCGUGAACUGAGAGGUUCGGCAUCAGAGGAGGAACAGCCAGAACCAAAGGAUGUUCCUCCAAAAAACGCUCUCAGUCUAACCCUCCCCACCUCUGUCAUGGCUGACAAUGACAAAAAGGUGAAGGCCAAAGGUCAGACUCAUUGUAACGGAAACCAUCCAAAUACAACUCCCACUGAGUUGGGAGUUGAUUUUUUAAGUCAGUAUGAGGAGCUCAUUCGUACCCUGGACACUGAGGCAGGUGGGAAACGGGCCAAAGACGAAGGAGAGACGAAGAAGCCCGCCACACCAGUAAGGAAGCAGGAGGAGAAGGUGGAGAAGGAGGAAGAGGAGGAGAUGAUGGACUUCGAUUCAUUUGCUGCUGAAACACCAGAGCCGGAGAAGCUGCGCUCCCCGUUUGGAACAAUUCAAAGGCUUCGCAGUGGAAGUUCUUCUCGCUGUUAUUUAGUGCCUUUUACAGGUCCAUUUAUAAGUGUGCUGUUUUCUCGUUUGGAGAACAUGCUCACCAACAGGCUUCACAUCAACUUGUUGCUGACUGGCAUUCUGGCCCAGCUAGCUGCUUAUCCUCAGCCUCUGCUGCGAUCGUUUCUCCUCAACACCAACUUGGUUUUUCAGCCAACAGUUCGCUCUCUUUACCAGGUGCUCGCGACUGUGAAGAAUCAGAUAGAAGAGCUCGCUGCGAGCAGGAAGGAGUUUCCGGAGCUGAUCACUACAGCCCAACACUGGCUGCUGGCAAGAGAGGCUUCAUGUAUGACAACAGAUAAAAGCUGCAGCGGUGGCUCCAGUCACCACGACGGGGGACGAAUCUUGAAGAAUUCCCCGCCGCCCAAACCCAAAGCCAUCUCUCUGGAUCAAACAGAGGUUUUUGCUACCGUCCUCUUCUCAGAGUUCCUCAAAGAACUGGCUGCGAUGGCGCAGGAGCACUCCAUCCUGUCCUACAUUCCUAUGGAACAGUAGCUGCGUCCCAGCAGAGCCUCUGCGGUGAUUUCACUCAUGUUUUCAGCAAUAUUUUUUAGAUACUACUAGGUGAGAUGAUCUGGUAAUUUUGAUUUUUAAAUGCCUUUUUUAAAUAUUUAUUUUCCUUCGAGCAAAAACGACCCGCUUCCUGUGUGAACUGAUCUCAUCAGCCUACUUUUGUAAAACAUUUGGACGCCAAGAAGUCGACCUGCGGAUUUAUUUUUUCUUUGUGUAUGCAAACUCCAGGUCCGCUGAUCAAAGCCUGUAGCGCUCUGUGUGUGUGUUUCAGCAGACCUCUGCCCUUAUCUGAACUGCUCGGGUUCUGAAUGUGUCCUGCAACUGUCUCGGACCACAGCGUGCUGCUUGCUGUGGUUCUGGAACAAUCCUCAGGUGGCCUCUAUGCAUCAGAACACUGAAUGUUGAUUGAGUUUUUUUUUCUUUCUGUAUUUGACGAGCAGCAGUCUGUACAGAAACACCUCCAGGUUCAAACUGUUACAGCUUGAUAGUUCUGUCGUAUUUGUCUUUUAAAAGGGAUAGUUCAGCUCUUCUAAAGUGGGGUUCUGUGGAAAGUUGAAGAACAAUGAAUAUCUUACCAGUUAAAAACAUUUUAAUUGUACCAGUUUGAUAAACAUCACCUCUUUAAUUGCUUUAUCUCCACAAUCAAAUUAUUUCAGAGAUAACUAAAUUAGAAGAUAGUUUAAUUCAGCUAACAUCCAAGUGAAAUACUGCUGCCUGUUUAUAACAGGUAAGAUAUUCAUUGUUCAUAACCAUUCUACAGAUCUAUCCCUUUAAAUUUCCAAAACAAUAUAAAUAUAUAUUUUUGCAAACGUUUCAGUGGGUGUUGAUUUGAUUGCUAAUUCAUGGCAGUACCUCAGGAGUCUAAACACAAAUUUUUGUUUUGUUGUUUAUCAGCUGUGGAGAAGAUGUAUUUUUCUGCAGAGCACUAGUUUCUCAUAUUUCUGGACUCUGGAGCUUCUUUGUUUGUAGAAACAAACAAACCAGAGCAGGUCAAUCAAUGGUGUAUUUGCCUUACUUUUAGCCAUGCUUUCAAUCUUGUACAUAUCAUAUUGAAAAAGUCAAAGAAUACUAUGCAAAUCAAGCUUAUUUGGGGUAUAAUGAGGUUCAGUUUUUUGUUAUAUUUGGAUGGGGUAUUUAAAGUUUUUUUAUUUUUUAGUUUUUGAUGAAAUUAGAUUUUGUUUG